AUUUAGGUAUCAAAACAAAAGUUGUGUUUUGAGUGUUAGAAUUGAUGUUAAAUUUGUUGUACAACGUCCUUUUUUUUUAAAUAUAUAUUGAACGCAAUACAAAGCCAAAUGCAGACAAAACGGAAAUGUCUUCCGUGACUUAUACAGAUUUCAUAGAAGCAGCGAAAAAUUUUAUUGAAAUCUCAAAUAGAUGUUGUGAUGGUUGGAAAUUUAUUGAACACGAUAAAGAUAAAUGCUAUUUACGUAAAGAAACAUUUUUGAAUUAUAAAAACGGUGAUUAUGAACGUUUAUUGAAAGCUGAUUAUGUAAUAUUUUACAAGGAGAGUUAUUGUGUUCCAUCCUUUAGUUUUAAUGUUUGGAACUCGGCUGGCAUGUUGUUGUCAUUGGAUGAUAUAAGGACGAUGUCUUUGAUAAGCAUAAACAAAAAAGACUUUUACUCAGUGGUCACACAACAAGAGCAUCCAAUAUUCCAAAGACCGUACUUCAUCAUUCAUCCGUGUCACACCGAAUCAGUACUGGCUGCUUUUAAAGACAAAUCAAAAAAUAUAAUUGUGACAUUUCUAGGCUUGGUUUGUCCUUUGCUUAAUAUUAAUUUACCUCUUGAAUAUGGAAUGUGAAAACUCGAUACAAUGAAAUAAUAGUGCAGUUUCGUUAUAUUUAAAAAAAAAUUACUACUUGUACAUACAUAGUUAUUCAAAUGUUAAAAAACAUGGUUGAAAAGUAUACAUUUUGAACAUUUUUUCAUGUUACAUAAUGUGUUAACAUUUUAUGCAUUAUUAACUAGUUUUACCAACCAUACUUUUAAAAUCAGUGGUUAAACUGUUUUAUUUUACUUGCUACUGUUCAUCAAAUAUCACAUGGAGGGAAGAAAGGCUAUUCGGUUUAACGAACAUUUCGCUUAAUAUGCUACAUUUAUCUUUGUAAUUACAGGUUUGUUUUAUUUCGUACUAGCAGGCCCAGCCACAUGUUGCUGUGGCUAAGGUUUUUGUUUCUAAAGAACACGUGGCCGGCUAUGCUAAUACCAAAAAUUAUUAAAGUAAGAACAAUUGGAUUUCACUGUAUUACGUUUAUUAAGAAAUAAAUUUCACUUAAACUUUAGCCUAAGCAACUCGUGGAGUAUAAGCCAUUAAAUUGUAGCUUAUGUGAAACGUUGGUUACGCUGGUGUUUUGAACACAGCGCCAUCUAUGAGAUAUUAAUG